CAGAGGUUUGCCAACUGGAUAGAAUAUGGAUGUGCUAUUUUACUUACUAUUUAUUUGCUUUAUGACUGGAGUAACAGCCGAUUCUUCCAAAUUUUCAGAUUAUAACGAUCAUCCUUGUAAGAGAGAGUGCCAAGAUGAUGGAAAACCAAUGACUUGUGUCUAUGAUUUUACAUUAGAAUAUUACUAUACCUUAUCUAAAGCUUGCUAUGACUGUCCUAGAAAUAUAACUGAUUGUUACAGACCGCAUUGUGUACCAGCUGAUGGUGUUUCUAGAUCUAUUAUAACAGUAAACCGCAUGCUACCUGGUCCUGGUAUACAUGUGUGUGAGAAUGAUGAGAUAGUUGUGAACGUCCACAACAACUUAGAAACUGGUGAAGGAACAACCAUUCAUUGGCAUGGUAUAUUGCAGAUAGAUUCACAAUGGAAUGAUGGAGUUCCUAUGGUUACACAGUGUCCCAUUGUUUCUCGCACUACCUUCCAGUACAAGUUCCGAGCUAGCAAUCCAGGAACGCACUUCUGGCAUGCUCAUACUGGUGUGCAGAGAGCUGAUGGGGUUUACGGUAAUCUGGUAGUACGACAACCACCCAAAUCAGACGUACACUGGUCGCUAUAUGAUCAUGACUUGCCAGAACAUACGAUGGUGGUGAACGACUGGUUAAAUCAGCUGACUAUUGAUAGAUUUGCUGCGCAUCAUCAUAAUGAUGGUGAUAAUAAGCCGCGUCUGAUGUUAAUAAAUGGCAGGAAUAAUUAUAAAGAGUUUAAAUACGAUGAUACUCCUGAUCAAAUAUUCAAGACACCAAAUGAAGUUUUCAAAGUUAAAAUGAAUGAGACCUACAGAUUUAGAGUGGCCAGUAACGCUAUCUUCAAUUGUCCACUACAAAUAUCUAUAGAUGAUCACACCAUGACGGUGAUAGCAAGUGAUGGUAGUCCAUUCGAUCCAGUUGUAGUCGAUUCCUUCAAUAUCUUUGCUGGUGAAAGGUUUGAUUUUGUGCUCCAUGCCACCCAAGAUCCUGGAAAUUAUUGGUUUAGAGUCCGUGGUAUGGCUGAUUGUGGUGAAUCACAGAAACAAGGUCAGGCUUUUGCUAUCAUCAGAUAUGAAGGUGCUUCCGAAGAACAACCGUCAGCUUCGUCAAAUUAUUUGGAUUCGAAGCGCGGAGGAAUGCUUCUAAAUCCAUGGAAUGAAAAAGCAACAGAGACUAAACUACCAGUUACCAAAUUAAAUGCUUUAAUAGAAGAUUUUGAUGGAAUGGACGGGACUCCAGAUAAGAAAUUUUAUGUGACCUUCGACUUCAAUAAACUAGACAAUUUUCAUUUCAACCAUCCGGAGUUAUAUCCUCUUCAAUCCAUCAACAAAAACAAGCAUCUGUACUCACCACAGAUGAAUGGUAUAUCAAAUCAUCUCCCUUCAUCUCCACCAUUAACUCAAUUUGAUGACAUUUCAGAGGAAAUGUACUGUAAUGUUGAUACUGUGAAGAACAAGAACUGUAGUCGAGAAUUCUGUCAAUGUGUACAUAGAUUAGUGGUAGAUUUAAAUGAUGUGGUAGAAAUUAUACUAAUAGAUGAAGGAGUAACAUUUAAUGCCAACCAUCCGACACAUUUACAUGGUCAUACUUUUAGGGUAGUAGGUAUGGGCAAGUUGAAUGUAUCAACCAGUUUGGAAGAAGUGAUGAGAUUAGACAGAGAAGGAUUAAUAGAACGUAAAUUAAGUAAGGCAGUAGCUAAAGAUACUGUGACUGUACCAGAUGGUGGUUAUACAGUUAUUAGAUUCCAUGCCAAUAAUCCAGGAAUGUGGUUCUUCCACUGUCAUAUAGAAUUCCAUGUAGAAAUUGGUAUGGGUUUAUUAAUACAAGUUGGUUCUAAAGAUGAUAUGCCUAAAAGACCUAAAGGAUUUCCAACAUGUGGUAACUACCAGUAUCAUGGUGAUGAAGAACCAGCAACACCCUAUCCUAGUUCCUCUAUAUCAUUCCAGUGCAAUAUAGCUGUUAUAUUUCUAUCACUAGUUUUCUUCUUGUUUCACUAG